GUGUUGUAGUGCGCGUGGUGCUCGAGCCAGACCGCUGCUGCUGGCUGAACCAGGUGGAGUGUCAUCUUUGGUCACCAGUUCCCAUGAGGACUUGGGCAACAUGGUGCCCACUGGCCAGGUGGCAGAAAAGCAGGCAUGUGAGGAGCCCAGGCAGGACCGCGAACUCAAGUCCUGGAGAUGCCUAGUAUUCUAUCUCUGCUUCUUCGGCUUCAUGGCACAGUUGCGGCCUGGGGAGAGCUUCAUCACACCCUACCUCCUGCAACAAAACUUCACAAUCGAGCAGGUGACCAAUGAGAUCAUUCCGGUGCUGCCCUACUCCCACCUGGCCGUGCUGGUGCCAAUCUUUCUGCUCACGGACUACCUGCGAUACAAGCCAAUCCUGAUCCUGCAGUGCCUGAGCUUCAUGUGCGUCUGGCUGCUGCUGCUGCUGGGCACCUCUGUGGUACACAUGCAGCUCAUGGAAGUCUUCUACAGCGUCACCAUGGCUGCGCGCAUCGCCUACUCCUCCUACAUCUUCUCCCUGGUGCGCCCUUCCCGCUACCAGCGCAUGGCCAGCUACUCAAGGGCAGCAGUGCUCCUGGGAGUCUUCACCAGCUCUGUGUUGGGCCAGGUGCUGUGGCCCCUGGAACAAAAAUCCCAGAACUCCAACAUGCUCAACUACAUUUCCCUGGGCUUUAUCAUCUUCAGCCUGGGCCUCUCCCUCUUUCUAAAGCGUCCUAAGCACAGCCUCUUUUUCAACCGCAGUGCACUUGUGCACAAAGCCUUGCCCUGCGAGCUGGACCAGAUGCACCCGGGCCCUGGCCGACCAGAGCCUGGGAAACUAGAGCGAGUGCUGGGCAGUUGCAGGAACUCCUUCCUGGUGUGCAUGCUAAGUGAACUGGUGGGAAAUUUACGACAACCACAGCUGCGCCUCUGGUGCCUUUGGUGGGUCUUCAACUCUGCAGGCUACUACCUGAUUGUCUACUAUGUGCACGUCCUGUGGAGUAUUGACAAAAACCUCAACUACAAUGGCGCCGUAGAUGCUGCCUCCACACUGCUGAGCGCCAUCACAUCCUUCUCUGCGGGCUUCGUGAAGAUCCGCUGGGCUCUGUGGUCAAAGCUGGUCAUCGCAAGUGUUAUAGCCAUCCAGGCCGGACUGGUUUUCUGUAUGUACAUGGUCCACUACGUGACCUGGGUCCACAAAAUCUGGGUACUCUACAUGACCUACGUGCUUUUCCGCGGGGCCUACCAGUUCCUCGUGCCCAUUGCCACUUUUCAGAUUGCAUCUUCCCUAUCUAAAGAGCUCUGUGCCUUGGUCUUCGGGAUCAAUACAUUCCUUGCCACUGCGCUCAAGACUGCCAUCACGCUUGUGGUCUCCGACAAACGGGGUCUGGGCCUCAAAGUUGAAAAACAGUUUUGCAUCUACUCCGUGUACUUCAUGGUGCUUUCUGUCAUCUGCUUUGUCGGGGCCGUGCUGGAUGGCGUGAGGUACUGCCGGCGUGGUCGCCACCAGCCCCUGCCCCUGCCCCAGGAGCUGAGUCCCUUGGAGAAUUCUGUGCAGGUGCCAAGUAUGCAGGAUGGAGGCCUAGGGGGACUGCAGCCCUCAGCACCACAGCUGCUCCCAGAGGAUGGCGUGGAGGACAGCGAGGCAAGCUUGAGAGCUGAAGCCAAGGCCUGACAGUCACAUCUUGACCUUCCUGGCUUCAUCCCAGUUCGGGGGGAGAGGGGGGAUUCCUGACUUAAGCAACCUCUCCCAUGUGCGCUCCAUCCUGAACCAGCCUGGCCUGAUGCCUCAGAUAAGACUGUACUGUCUUGAGUCCCAGGGCCCAAGAUGUGGGGCCCCUGUGUUACCUUUCAGGAGCCCUCAGAAUGUCCACAGGUUUCACCUUAGGAGCCACCUGCUUUAACUGAGGGAUGAUAGAUAGUUUGUUCCUACUGAUAGCCUCUGAGGACCGUAGGCCCAGCCUACAUCAUGCUUUAGCUGUGGCCAAAGCCUGCUGGGAACACUCAGGGCAGCUGCCUGGCUUUGUGAUCCACGUGCCAGGGCGCUGUGAGCCUGGAUUGCCUAUGGCUUGCCAAGAAGAGCCCGUGUUGGGGUCAACUGUGCCCACCAGGCCAGCCCGCCUUAGCCCCAGGAAGCUCAGGACAAAUCAUGUCUGUCCUCAGGGCUGGUGAGGUAGCCCAGACACCAGCCAAGGCACACUGGCCCUGCGGGGUGCUGGUCCUUCUAUGUGGGGUGGAUGCCUCUCCUGGCUUCUGACUAGUUGUCAUUUCCACCAUUGGAGGUACUUGCUUGGAUGGCUAUCUGAUCUUUUUUUAAAAAAAAACUAAAACAAAACUGACAUUAAAAUGGACAACUACAUUUGGCUUUUCUGUUGUGAAAAGCUGGAGUCAGGUGGGCGCCAGGCACAUUUCCGACUGAUAGAGUAGCGGUAGGCCCUUUUCGCCUGCAGACGCCAUCCCCGAGCAAGUUAGUACUCACCUGACACACAUUCAGGCAGCAUGGGUGUACCAGCCUUGAUUGGAACCAAGGCCCUUCUAGAGGGGAAUGCCUCAGGGGCUUGCACUGGGGAGCCAUGUGAGAGUUACCAGAGUCAGCUGUGAGGUUAAGACUAGCUGUGGUGUGAGCACUUUUUCCAAUACUUUAUAAACAGACUCUGUUA